UCCUUUCUUUUACUUUCAACACAAAAAACAAUGGCUAAAUCAACUGUCUCUCUCCCAGUUUUCUGUCUCCUCCUCCUUUCAUUUGACUCUGGGAUCUUAUUGAAGCUGGCCAAAGGGCAGCAGGGAAAAACAUGGUGUGUUGCAAAGCCUUCGACAGAUGAUGCAGCACUGGCUUCCAACAUAAACUCGGCCUGUAAUGACCUUGGAUCCUUGGGAUGGAACUGCAGCCAGAUACAGCCGAACGGAGCUUGCUUCGAGCCCGACACUCUCAUCAACCAUGCAUCCUUUGCCAUGAAUUCUUACUACCAAGCCUUUGGUCGUCAGGAACAUAAUUGUUACUUCCUGAGCUCUGGUCUCGUCACCAUCUCCGAUCCAAGCUAUGGAAACUGUCAGUAUGUGUGAGAAGUAUGGAAGAUUAAGUGUUGUUUGGAGGUUUCUGGGUGUUGUCUGUAAUAAAUUUUAUUUACAUUCUAGGAGAUUGGAUUCUAUAGCAUGUUUUCAUGGAUGAAACGAUUGUUAUAUUUGAUCUAUAUGAUAUUUAAAUGAUAUUAUAAAAGUAUCAUUUUUAUUA